AUGCCAAACCCAAAGAGUGGAAGGGCAGUGGAAAGGAUAAGCUUGCAUCAGAUCAGAAUGCCUUUACCCAUUGAAACUCCCGCACCCAAGGCAUCUUCUCUCAUCAAACGCUUUCAGCAAAACAUAGAUCAAUCCGAUGAGAAACCUGUCCCACCUGUUCCUAAACAACGUCUCAGUAUCGGUCCAGAUGAUCCAGCCUAUCGUCGUCGAUCUUGGGCUGUAGGAAGUGGUGGAGCAGCUUUACCUCAGACAGAGGUUCUUUGGAGAGGUCGUCAACCCAGCUCUGGUUCAGCAAGCGGUUACAUUGAAAGUUUAAAGAUCGGAGAAGAUACAGAAGAACGUCAAGAAGAGAUUACCUAUCAAUCAGAUCAAGUAGAUAUCGAACUGAUCACCCAUGAAUCUUCAUCCACCGAAGAAGGAAGUCGUAAUACAGAUGAACCCAUCCGACCGAUCCCAACCGAAGCUCAACCAAACCAAAUGAUCUCCAACGAAGACGAACCCGUUAGCUCAGUUCAAAUCCCGCAAGACGAAUCAAUUCAUAUUGCUGCUGAAUCUUCUACUGGUUCGAUUAGUGAAAGUGUGGGAGAAAAAGAAGGCAAAAAACGAUCGAGUAAAAGACGUUCGGGGAUUGCUGCUUGGUGA